GAGCAACUUUGGCAGCGAGCAGUGGGCAACGACGUGAACUAAUAGACUAACGGACAACUAUACUACGUGGUCGUGCGUGUGUGUGCGUUCAGCAGCAAUGUGCAAAAAUAUUUUUAUCUAUAGGUGUUGUAUAUUUAAAUUGAAUAUAUAAAUACAAAGCAUCACACCGCGCACACAUAACAGAAAGAGAGAUCGAAACAGAGAAAGAGAGACCUUAAAGCGGCCAACGGAAGUACGUAAAAGCAAAAAGUAUCGAGAGUGCAUUCGUGUGCGUGUGCUGAACAGCUGCCGUGGCUGUUAGAAAGUGUAGCCAAAGAGUGACAUCACGUCAACCGAGACAGGAAAGGCGGGUAAGACGCAGAGGAUACCGAGCAAUUAGCAAUCGAUUACGCUGUUGUGGAAAAGUCGCAUCUAAUCCCAGCGGCAAGUGGAGAAACCACAGUACAUAUAGUACUUAUUAAAUCGUAUCGUAUCGGAUAGGGGCGGACGAAACGAAACGCGACGAGACGACUGCCGGCAGCGGAACGUACGAGAAUUAACGGACAAACACAUUGUCGCUCUCAAGGUGAACCUGCCUGCCGAACAUAGCAGCAACAACAGCGCCAGCAGCAGCAGCAGUAGCAGCACAACUCAAAGCAAAGCAAUUUAUUUCGAAAUUAGUCGCAGCGCUUCGAGACGCGUCGAGCAACGGAAACAGAAAGUGACAGGACUCGCUUACGGCAUCCAAUAUGAAGCCAACUGUGAUAGCAGCAAGCCAGACCGGCGCAGGUGGCGGCGGUGGUAACGGCAACGGCACGCCUGCAGGAGCCGGCAUCAACAUACCCAUCAGUCGCGAGUAUGUCGGCAGCGGUGCCUCGCCCCAGCAGCAUCCUCAGCAUUACGCACAGCAGCCGCCGCAGUUCUAUGCCAGCCAGCCUUCGGCGUAUGGAUCGCCUCGCCAGCAGCAGCCGCAGCCGCAGGUUCCCACAAAUCCGCAGCAGCAACAUUUUCAGCAGGGCUUUGGAUUCGAACCGGAUAUGGACAUGGAUAUGGAUAAUAUGUUCCCACGAUCUCGGCUGGGACGCCUGCAUAACGAUCCUUUCGCCGGCUUCGGCGGCACACGUAAGCGGAAUAGUUUGCACGAUCCCAAUACCCAUAACUACCCUCAGGCACACUCAAUGCAUGCUGAUGAUGACUUUUCUCAUUAUUUCGACGAUGCUGCAGACUUUGGAUUUCCACAAUUCUCUACACUUGGACGACGCGGCCGCGUAGCCGGCGGCGCUAACAGCCACAUGGAGCCCGAUGAUGAUUUCUUUAACAGACUGCCAUCGGACUUCCGUCAGUACAUACCAGAAAGCUUUAGCGGCCGUCGAUCAGCUGGUGCUGGCGCUCCACAGCCCCGUCCUCAGCAGCAGUACUACCAGCAAGAUUAUAGCGUGCCACAGCAGCCCGGAGGAGCGCAGGCACAUCAAGCUCCGCAGUCGCCCUCGAAGCGCCUGUGCGACGCGGCCAUCCAAACGGAUGACCCCGCCGGCCGCUCGGAGGUCGAUUGCGCGCCACCUGUCAAUCUAAACCAGCAUGGGCUGCGCAACACUAUGGAUAUGGGCAUUAAGAGCGUCACCGAACAGGAACAAGGGCCGCGCUCGCAUUCUGCGCCACCGCCAGAGCAGCAACAGCUGAAUCAACAAUACCAACAAUCACAACAAACAAAUCAACAGCGGCCGACGCCGCCGCCACAAUUUGGCACGCAGACUAGUCCACCAGUACAGCCUAAUUUCGGAACGGGUCAGCCGCAGCCGCCGCAAUUCCAUAAGACUUAUUAUCCGCCACAGCAGCAGGCGCAUCCACAGCAAAAGCAGCAAACGCCGCCACCCCCGCAGACUCCCGGCGGUAGCAAUGUGCGCACCAUACCCAUCUUUGUAGAGGGUCGCACCGAGCCCAUUAUCAAUGCGCAUAAGGAGAUACCAAAUCAGAGUGCUGCUGCAGGCCAGGCCCAGGCACAGGCACAAGCUUCGGCCCAAGCAUACUAUGCGCCACAGCCGCAGCAUCAACAGCAGCGUCCUGCUCCACUUAAUACUCAACAGCCCCAAGGCGAUCCUCAGUUGCAGACGGACGCUGGUGUCGGUGUGCCGCCACAGACUCCACAUACGGUAGACUCAAUCAAGAAGAUUCAGGAUAUACAACGCGACGUUCUUGAUCUGAUGGCCAAAGUGGAGCAGUUCAAGGGCACGCGCAAAGACAAGGAAUAUGCGUACCUGGAUGAGAUGCUUACACGAAAUCUUCUCAAGCUAGACACGAUCGACACAAACGGCAAGGAUAGCAUUCGGCUAGCCCGCAAGGAAGCCAUCAAGUGCAUACAGGCAUCAGUCAACGUGCUUGACGCCAAGGCCGAGGAGAAUGCCAGAAGAGCAUCUGGAACAGUAGAGAACGCGGCAGCCAGUACAGAAACUGCAGAGCCGACCCUCGCCGAACAGGCUGAACCUGAAGCUGUCGCUGAGCCCGCUACGCCACAGCCGUUGGAUGCCACCAAGAUCCAAGAGCCUAUACCUCUGCCACCACCACCGAGUGCCGCAGAGGGUGGUGAGAAUGCGCCAGACUUGCAAGCUGCGAUCGACAAUUCACAGUCUGCCACGGAGACGGCAAAAUCCGAGACCACAACGCUGACACAGUCGUCUGAAUGAUGAUCGCAGUAUAUUUACAGGACGACCGUUUCGAAGCAGCUACACAAAUUAACCAAAAUCAAGUAAUCGGAGGAUCUAAUCUAUUGUUUCAAAUUUAUCGGAGGAAAGCGACAAAUUAUUAAUUAAAGCAUUGUUUGUGAGCAUCUGAUUAGGUGCUGGUGAAGUUGCAUCGAACUCUUUGCUAGUAUUUGUUAAAUAUACACAUAUUGCAACAUA